AUGUCUGAGAACUUGAGAAUCUUGGUUGAAAGCACUACGAGUGAGGUGACUGUACUGAGUCCGCUGGGAGAAUCAGUAAAGGUAAAUAAGUUGUUUAGAGACAUUCCUUUAGAGGGUCAAGGGGCUAUUUUUCUGGCUGAUUUGAUGGAACUGCCUUUUGGAGAGUUUGAUUUGAUACUGGGAAUGUAUUGGUUGGUUAAACACCAAGUGAGCUUAGAUUGUGCCACAAAAAGGGUUGUACUGAGAACUGAAGAGGAUGGCGAGUUAGUUCGUAAGGGAUGUGAGGCGUAUCUGACCUACAUCACUGUUUCAAAUUCUGGGAAUUCUUCGGUUAAGGAUAUCAGGAUGGUUAAGGACUUUCCAGACGUUUUUCCUGAAGAGCUAAUUAGGUUACAUCCGAAUCGUCAAGUAGAGUUCGGGAUUGAGCUUCUUUUCGGUACAGCUCCGGUACUGAGAUUUGGUCGUAAGGGCAAGUUGAGCCCUAGAUUUUUUGGACCUUACCUUGUGCUUAAGCGAGUGGGACUAGUUGCUUACCAGUUGGAGUUACCUCCGGAAUUGGAUCAGAUUGACGACGUGUUCAAUGUCUCUAUAUUAAAGCGCUACCACUCUGAUCUCACGCAUAUUGUUCCAGUGGAGGAGAUUGAGGUUACACUAGAUCUGACUUUCGAGGAGGAGCCGACUCAGAUACUAGAUUGUGAUGUAAAAGUUCUGAGGAGAAAGUCUACUCCACUGGUUAAAGUUUUCUGGCGUAAUCAUAGCACCGAGGAGGCCACGUGGGAGCCUGAGGAUGUGAUGCGUCAACAGUAUCCCCAUCUGUUCUAA